AAAGGAGGACAGAUUAGACCAUCUGUCUGCAUAUGGCCCUCCACCUUCUCCCCUCCUCUUUCUUCUCCAAUCUGUAAAGCUCUUCUCUUUCUCACUGGAUUUCACUCUCCUCACCAAGAUCAAACACAACCCAAACAUGGUCUCCGAGAGCAACGCCGCCGCCGCCGCCGCCGCCCAGGCAUGCCCCAUCAAGACGGUGGUCGUUCUGGUCCAGGAGAACCGCUCCUUCGACCACAUGCUCGGCUGGAUGAAGUCCCUCAACCCCGACAUCGACGGCGUCGACGGCACCCAGUCCAACCCUCUGUCCGUCGCCGACGACUCCAACUCGCUCCGCGUCCCCUUCGGCGACUCGGCCGUCUAUGUCGACCCCGACCCCGACCACUCCUUCCAGGCCAUCUACGAGCAGGUGUUCGGCCAGCCGUGGGCCGACGACGCGCUGUCUGGGGACCUGCUCCCGAGCAUGGAGGGCUUCGCGCAGAACGCGGAGCGGAAGCAGAAGGGGCUGUCCGAGUUCGUCAUGAACGGGUUCAGGCCGGAGGCCGUGCCGGUGUACAGGGAGCUGGUCUCGGAGUUCGCGGUGUGCGACCGGUGGUUCGCGUCGAUCCCUUCAUCGACGCAGCCCAACCGGCUGUACGUCCACGCGGCGACGUCGUGCGGUGCGAUGGGGAACGACACGCAGAAGCUGGUGGAAGGGUACCCGCAGAGGACGGUGUUCGAGUCCAUGCACGAGGCCGGCCACAGCUUCGGGAUUUACUAUGCUUACCCUCCAUCGACCCUUUUUUACAGGAACCUUCGAAAACCGAAAUACUUGGAACAUUUCCAUCAGUUCGACCUACAUUUCAAGAAACAUGCGAAGGAGGGUAAGUUGCCGAAUUACACGGUGAUCGAGCAAAGGUACUUCGAGCUGUCUCAUUUGCCCGGCAACGACGACCACCCUUCUCACGACAUCUCCGAGGGGCAGAAGUUUGUGAAAGAAGUGUACGAAGCUUUGAGAUCGAGCCCUCAAUGGCACGAAAUCCUGUUUGUGAUUGUUUAUGAUGAGCAUGGCGGUUUCUAUGAUCAUGUCCCGACGCCGGUGGAGGGCGUCCCGAGUCCAGAUGGCAUCGUCGGACCUGCACCUUACAAUUUCAAUUUUGAUCGUCUCGGUGUCAGAGUGCCCGCGAUAUUGGUUUCUCCCUGGAUUGAGCCUGGAACAGUGUUGCAUGAGCCUUCAGGACCAUAUCCUACAUCCCAGUUCGAGCAUUCCUCAAUCCCAGCAACAGUUAAGAAGAUUUUCAAUCUCCCGAAUUUCCUAACGAACCGCGACGAGUGGGCGGGCACCUUCGAUGUUGUCCUGAACCUGAACAGAAGCGGUCCAAGAACAGAUUGCCCAGUGACUUUACCAGAUCCGGUGAAGCUGAGAGAAUCAACGCCACAGGAGGCAGCACAACUCAAUGACUUUCAAGAACAGCUGGUUCAAUUGGCCGCGGCGAUGAACGGGGACCAUAAGAAGGACAUCUAUCCACACAAGUUAGUGCAGAACAUGACAGUGCUCGAAGCCGUGAAGUAUGUUGAAUCGGCGUUCAAAACAUUCUGCAGCAAGCAUGAGGGACCCCCUGAGAAUGGCUUGAACGAUGCGUACGAGGACGGUCAGGCCGACGGAUCGACUCAGACGGCGUCCCGAAGUUUCUUUCAGAGGUUGUUUUCUUGUGUAAUUUGUGAUCAUUGACACUCCACGCAGUCAUCUACGUUCUUCCAAGUGCCGCGUACAACCUUGGUGAUGG